AUGGAAAACAAAUCAAGCAGCGGAGCAGGUGCGGUCCCCGCACAGAUCGCAAGACAAAUUAGGCAAAACCAAACUCGAGGCCGUACAACAGGACGUUCAGGCGUACCAAACUCCCAGAACAGCACCCACCGAUCUGGCCAACACCGCAACCCUAUUAGGCCUGGUAUGGGCAGCAGCCGCUUCGCCACUGUUCAAGAUGACGUGCAAAGCCCCUCUGGCCCUGAUCCUAUGGAAUUUGAUCCGAUGGAUAUCGACACUCCUAUCCAAGAACCUGCACCAACCACCACCGGAGCUCACACGAAUGAACAAACUGGAGAGAAUGGAGUUCACCGUCACGUCUUCUACAUUCCAAUUCGCUCUCGCCCCAUGCCGACGCUCGACCUGGACGUGUUGACCGCCGCUCGCACUGAAGUGGCUCACAUCCAAAGAUCAGGUCUCCCAGUUCUGCAAACCUUGCCCGAGCGACCUGGACCCCAUGUCUACAUUCGUGUUGACACUGAGCAGCCAAACCGUGACAGUGCACUCACGGAUGCCAACCUUCGGAUGGGUACCAUGCAGGACAUGAUUCGCGAUGGUCUUGGCUGGUUCUCUGGUUUGCCUUACCGCCACCCGCAUUUCGAGGUGAAAUUCCUUCGCGGUCGACGCCUCUAG